CGUCGUCAUCCCAACAGUUUGCCGGCGUCUAUCCGCGCAGUCGGUACCCAUUCCAAUGCCCUGUGGAAGUUGAAUGUACAGCGCGUGUGAACACGUGCCCAUGUGUCAUGAUCCUUUUAUAAUUGCGGAGUAAAAACAACUCUCUCAUCUGUCAGUUUUCACGGUGGAAGUUUACUCAGGAAUCGAAGAACUGCUGUUACACGUGAGUUUGUGAUUUUGUGUCCUCCAGUGAAUCGAGGGUAUGUGAGUUGAAACGGAGCCGAUGAUCGUGCCAAUAUGGUGGAUCGUGAUCGAGUCCUUUGGGGCCUGUUGAUUGCCCUACUGAUCUACCCGAAUGAUAACUUUGGUGGUGCAUCUCCGCCGGAGUUUAAGGCUCCAAUAACGAAUUUGACAGUUGCUCUUGGGAGAGAUGCGAUAUUUACGUGUCUGGUGGACCAUUUGGGUGGAUACAGGGUCGGAUGGGUAAAAGCGGAUACAAAAGCCAUUCAAGCGAUUCACGACCAUGUAAUAACCCACAAUCCUCGCGUCUCUGUGUCCCACAGUGAUCAUUCAACCUGGAAUCUUCAUAUCAAGGGCGUUCAAUUGGAGGAUGCUGGACUCUACAUGUGCCAAAUAAACACUGAUCCAAUGAAGAGCCAGACUGGAAUGCUCUCCAUUGAAGUGCCACCUGACUUUGUAGCAGAAGAGACAUCCGGUGACGUUUCGAUUCGCGAAGGUGGACAAGUGAAGCUUACGUGCCGAGCGACUGGUGUUCCAUCGCCUCAAAUUAAUUGGCACCGUGAGGAUGGUCAGGAUAUUGUCAUCCGUGAUGCAACGUUUCUACCCACUGAUCAGAAAUUGAAAGCGAAAACCGUGAGUAAACAUCGUGGUGAGGAGCUACGUUUAACAAAAGUAUCGAGAAAUGAUAUGGGAGCGUAUCUGUGCAUAGCGAGUAACGGUGUGCCACCGGCCAUCAGCAAGCGAAUCACGAUCAACGUUCAUUUUCCGCCGGUAAUUCACGUACCUAAUCAACUAGUUGCAGCACCCAGGGGAACUGAUGUUGCAUUGGAAUGCCAAGUGGAGGCAUCGCCGAAGUCUAUCAACUAUUGGGUCAAGGACUCAGGGGAUAUGAUCAUAUCCAGUCUAAAGUAUGAAGCUCAAUCAAUUCCUCUAUCGGCCUUUCGAACUCGGAUGAUUCUCACAAUUCACAAUUUGCAAGAGCAUGAUUUCGGCACUUACACCUGCACAGCCAAGAACUCCCUCGGGGAAGUUGAUUUCAGCAUACGCUUAUACAAGAUGACUGGAACUGGAUCUCAGCAGAAAUCGGAUUACGACGAAGAGGUAGACGAUACGGAGCAAGUUGCAUACGGCUCAGCCGAUGACGAUAAGAUGGAGAAUAAGGUGGAGGGUAAAGCAUAUGCAUCAGAUAACACGGUGCAGGGUCACGUGGGUUUACCAGCCUCAAGUAUAUCAAGCCCACCGCCAACAAUGAAAAUAACAAGGAGGCGUCCAACGGCCAUGACAGGAUCACCCCAGGGCGAUCGUUCUUCAUCGAGUGCAUAUGGACUAUUUCACUGUCACAGCCUAAUGGCCACUGUAUUAUUCAUCAUGAUCAAACACUUUAAGUUAUACUAAAGGAAUUGCUACGAUGUUCUCAUCCUGAAAAUGUAAAUUUAGUUAAAACGAAGGAAUAAAGGGAGAGACGAUGAGAGAGGAGAUGUGGCACCUGAGUGAGGAACAUGUGAAUAAUGUUGUCGCAAAUUCUUGAGGAAAAUGAAGACUGUAGAUAAAUAUGUCUUUAAGUGAAUGGGAAAAAAGGCAUAGUAGACAGGAACAUAUCAUUUUUGAAAUUUUCUAUUUUUUGCUCAUUCCGCUCAUUUAUUGCUCGGUGUAUUUCCUUGCCUUUUGGGGGAAUUCGUUGAGUUCUAGGGAAACUAAAGUGUAAAAUUUUCCUGGUAGAGAAUACGGCUUUUCACUUGGUGCAGCAUUAUUCCGCACAAUUCAGCUUGAAACAGGCGAAUUAAUCAUUUCCUGAUCAAUAUUUCUGACCAGAAUGUAAUUAAAGAGGAUAAAAAAUUAUUGCGGGAAUAUUUUCACUUCCUUUUGAGGCUUCUGACCUUCUCAAAUACGCGGCGAUAAUGUGAGAGUGUGUAAAAUAAGAUGGGCUCAAAUUAAUCGAGUCGAUCGAUAGUCUCGAUUGGUUUGGAUGUGUUCAAUGAUGAAUAGUUAGACGAUAAAUCUCGUGUAAGAGUUGAAUGUACAUACUGUUAAGUCGCGGAGAAAUAUGUAUGAAUGAUUAAUCAUAACGCUGAAUUAUUGUAUAAAAUAUAUUGAUCUUUGUUCUGCAUCACUGGCAGAAAGUGAAACUAAUUUAUGGAAUUGAUUAAAUGAUGGCGUUUUCCACAUCUCCAAUAACUUGUUUUACGUUGGGUGAACAUUCGCCGAUUCAAUUUUUAAUUUCAAUCGUGUAGCCAAAGAUACCAUGUAAUCCAAAUAAAUUGAAAUAAACUGACU